CGCUCCGGGAAGCUGCUCCGAGCCGGGGUGUUGUUGGUAACGAGCUCUCUCUCCUCCCUGCUUACAAUGAAAGACAAGCCAGACCCCGGGUACCUGGAUGGAUUGGGAGCUGAAGUCUCAGAAACUUCCUAAUAAGUUGCCGCUGGCUACCAGCCAAGGUCAGCUGGUUCCCGUUAGCGUCUGUCCCCGCCAACGGCGAGCAAAUAAGCUGCCCCCCACUUAACACCUCAGUCGCUUCUUUUAUGCUCCAGUCCAGCUGCACAAUUGUUGUCACUCUAAGCCCAUAUGAAAAGAAAUCUCUUUUAUUGGUCCAAAAUGCCAAGUCCAGUCCCGUAGAGGGAACGUGUUUGCAGCUAACAGGUACACCUCCUGAUUUUAUUUUAUCUUUACAACGCAGGCCGGAGGGUUGUUUUGCAGUUGCGUUGAGCACAUCACACAUUAAGGGCCCUUUAAAGACCCGGGUUGAUUGGAAGGACAAAAAUUAAAAGCAAUCUGAUCCGGCCUCAUGCCAGAUCCCUGCGGAUUUUCUCCCUAUUCCAUUUCCAUCCACCGUCGCAAUUUGAGAGUCUGCCUGAUUUGAUCAGAUUCACCUCUGGGAGACGUGUGAUGCCAAGGUUAGGAGGACGCCAAGUUGGGGGCAACUUCUCGAUCUGCCCGUCAGCAGAGCCUGAGAAACACUGGCUCUGAGUUUUCCACAUCGGCCUCUUGGACAAAACAAGUUCCUCGCCGUUUGCAACCUGGCAGAGUCCCUGGGACGUCCGGCCUCCGUCGCCUGGUAGAUGUGGCUCUUCCAUGCUGAGGUUGCGAGCCCCUCCUGGCCCAGUCGCCACCUCUCCCGUCCCUCUCUGGGCCUCGCCCCCGGGGACCGCGCCGCCAUGCUGCACCUGCUGGCUCUUCUCCUGCACUGCCUCCCGCUGGCCUCUGGGGACUACGACAUCUGCAAGUCCUGGGUGAGCACGGAUGAAGGCCCCACCUGGGAGUUCUACGCCUGCCAGCCCAGGGCGAUGCGUCUGAAGGACUAUGUCAAGGUGAAGGUGGAGCCCUCCGGCAUCACGUGCGGAGACCCCCCCGAGAGAUUCUGCUCUCACGAGAACCCCUACCUGUGCAGCAACGAGUGUGACGCCUCCAACCCGGACCUGGCUCACCCGCCCCGGCUCAUGUUCGACAGGGAGGACGAGGGCCUGGCCACCUACUGGCAGAGCGUCACGUGGAGCCGCUACCCCAGCCCGCUGGAGGCCAACAUCACCCUCUCGUGGAACAAGAGCGUGGAGCUGACGGACGACGUGGUGGUGACCUUCGAGUACGGCCGGCCCACCGUCAUGGUCCUGGAGAAGUCGCUGGACAACGGGCGCACGUGGCAGCCCUACCAGUUCUACGCAGAGGACUGCACGGAGGCCUUCGGCAUGCCCGCCCGCCGGGCCCGCGACCUGUCGGCCUCGGGUGCCCACCGGGUGCUGUGCACGGAGGAGUACUCGCGCUGGGCCGGCUCCAAGAAGGAGAAGCACGUGCGCUUCGAGGUGCGGGACCGCUUCGCCAUCUUCGCCGGCCCCAACCUGCGCAACAUGGACAACCUGUACACGCGGCUGGAGAGCGCCAAGGGCCUCAAGGGGUUCUUCACCCUCACCGACCUGCGCAUGCGGCUGCUGCGCCCGGCGCUGGGCGGCACAUACGUGCAGCGGGAGAACCUCUACAAGUACUUCUACGCCAUCUCCAACAUCGAGGUCGUGGGCAGGUAA